UUGCAUUGCGAUUAACCUCAAAAAUUAAACUUGACCUAAGCAAAUGGUUUAAGUUGGUUAAAAUCGUAACAAGCUAUUGAAAAAUAAAACAAAAUUCUAAAUUUUUAAGAAAUCUAUUGAAGACAGAUCGGAAAGCGGCGAAAAUUUGUAGAAAAACGGCUAAAAAAUAUCGAUUAUAGAAAAUUGUUGUCAAAUACAGUGAAAUUUGAAUCCCAACGGGCAGCUGUGACAAGAAAGCAACCGUUACACACACGUUACUGUUGGUGCAAUUCUUUUGUUAAUUUUAUUUUUGGUUUGAGUGCUUCCAGCGCUUAAGCGCAACAAAUAAGUAGAUAAACAAAAGGUCAACAAAAGCAUGGAAACACAGCAGACUCAACAAACAGAAAAGCUCAUAGAGGACAUGCUGGAAUUUUUAGAUUCAACGAGUGAGGACGAAGACGACAGCAACAAUAUGAAAAGCGAACAGGGUAAUCCUAAAGAAUCUUAUGAAAGCGCCAAUGAAAAUUUUGUUCGUACGGAAGAGCCUACAGGUAAUUCUUUAUCAAGGUUAAAUAAAAAAGAACGAAAAUCAAAAAACUCGAUUGCCAAAGAAUUGUCAAAAAUUAAAAACGAAUUCCCCAUUUGGAAUACAAAGGAAAUUGCGCCUACUUCUAAAAAGCUAACUGAUCCAAUUUGGCAUCAAUCUUUCUUACCGGCUGGGAAAUGUGAGUCCACGGAUGUUGAAACUGAUUGGAAUUCGAAAUUGGAAUCGAAUUGUCGUCGCAGCAGCAACACAUACGUACAAGAAGUAAAUCGCGCAAUUUAUGGUGACACCACGGGCCACCCUCCCAACGAUAGCACUGAAUACUUUCAAGCUGCUCAAAAUUAUGCCAUUUAUGGUAAAGAUUUUCUCGACUUUCCGGAGAAUCUUACGCCACUGCUUAACGUGAAAGGUUCAUCCACGCCACCUGAAGUUGUGCCAUUUGUUUCCGGCUAUGGUAAUGGCUUGUAUCCCACACCACAAGCACCAGAGACAACAACCGGUAUUGGUUUUGCUAAUCUCAGUAAGCAAUCUUCGGCUGCAUCUUCUGCCGCAACAGCUGCUUAUUAUCAGAUGUGUAAUGGUCUGCAGCCGGCUUCAGUACGUCCGGCCGCUGGUAGCACUGCGUAUGGCAUGUUUUUGGGCAACAAAGUUACUUAUGUAGCGGCUGCGCCUGCAGCACCGCCACUUGUCUACAACCAACAUUCCUCUACAACUACCAAUUUUAUUUCGAAUAGUUUAGCUAACGCCGCGUUGGCUACUUCGCCAACUAUUCUCUAUUCCAAUCCGAUGCUCACCACAACUACACAACAGUAUCUAAAUACUUUUUUCAAAGAAACCCAAUAUCUAAGUGGCGCCACCACACAGGGCACGACUGUUGGCACAACCACUGGGAUUUAUGAAAGGCUAGUUUACGCACAAAUGCUGCAACAGCAAAUCUAUCAUCAAACUCAACAGCAAGCUGCUGCCGUAGCCGCAAUGUUCCAUAAAUCACGUCCAACUCGUGCUACCAAUGGUGGUGGAGGAGCAACAACCCCUUGUGCUCAAAAUUCUGCCACACAAACAAUGCCGUCGCCAAAUAACAUACCGGGUCUUAACAUAUGUGGGCGUCAGGCGGCUAUGGUUACCAACGCAACUGAUAUGCUGGUAAAAACACCACCAGUUCCUUCACCAAUCGCCGCCAAUGGCAAUGAAGACAAUGUGACCCCAUUGAAUGAUUUAUGAGGUUCCUAUGAUUAUUCUUAGGUUUCUUAUUGUUGCUAAGUUGUCUUUUCCUCUUCGUUGUUGACAUUUGUUUAUAAUUUUUUAUUAAAUAUCUGAAUUAAAAAUAAAUAGGUCAUAAUAAAAAUCUUACUAAAA